AUGAUCCUGAUGAAUGAGGUCAUCACAGAAGAGGAGAGAGGAGGAGACGGACCAGGAGAGGAGAGAGGAGGAGACGGACCAGGAGAGGAGAGAGGAGGAGACGGACCAGAAGAGGAGAGAGGAGGAGACGGACCAGGAGAGGAGAGAGGAGGAGACGGACCAGAAGAGGAGAGAGGAGGAGAUGGACCAGGAGAGGAGAGAGGAGGAGACGGACCAGGAGAGGAGAGAGGAGGAGACGGACCAGGAGAGGAGAGAGGAGGAGACCAGGAGGAGACGAGAGAGGAGGAGACGAGAGAGGAGGAGACGGACCAGAAGAGGAGAGAGGAGGAGACGGACCAGGAGAGGAGAGAGGAGGAGACGGACCAGGAGAGGAGAGAGGAGGAGACGGACCAGGAGGAGACGAGAGAGGAGGAGACGAGAGAGGAGGAGACGGACCAGAAGAGGAGAGAGGAGGAGACGGACCAGGAGAGGAGAGAGGAGGAGACGGACCAGGAGAGGAGAGAGGAGGAGACCGACCAGAAGAGGAGAGAGGAGGAGACCGACCAGGAGAGGAGAGAGGAGGAGACCGACCAGGAGAGGAGAGAGGAGGAGACCGACCAGAAGAGGAGAGAGGAGGAGACCGACCAGGAGAGGAGAGAGGAGGAGACUGACCAGGAGAGGAGAGAGGAGGAGACCGACCAGGAGAGGAGAGAGGAGGAGACUGACCAGGAGAGGAGAGAGGAGGAGACCGACCAGGAGAGGAGAGAGGAGGAGACCGACCAGGAGAGGAGAGAGGAGGAGAGGGAGCAGGAGAAAUGA